AUGGAAUUAACGCGAGAAAAUUUUCGUGCGAUGAUUUAUUACGAUGAUUUAUUCGACGUGGACUAUCAAUAUCAAGGCAAGAGUGCAUCGAUCAACUUACUUCCACAUUUGGCGAUGAAACCCCAUCCUUUGCCACUGUGGAACACUGCCACUGAUACAAUGAUUUUAAUUGUGCCCGCAGUUCAUGCUGUGCAAAAAGUGAUACGAGUAAUACAAGAUCGUCAUGCGACAUACUCUUACUUUGAGAUUGAGGGAACCCUAGGCAUUAGUUUAUUAGUUCCACCAGCAUAUAUAAGCUAUUGCAUGAGAAAGGUUAAUUUUUGUUGGAUUCCCCAUCAUUUGACAAAAUCUCAAAAAGAUUUUCGUAUCGAUUGGUGCACACAAAUGCUCAAGAAGUACAAUGGCGGUGUUUCAAAAGAUGAACUCUUCUAUAAGAUUGUAACAGGUGACGAAUCAUGGAUGUAUGAGUAUAUAUAA